AUGGGGAUGGACACUCCUGCUAGUGGUUCUGUCACUACUACUUAUGUUUGUUCAAGAUGCCCCCUAACUAUCUUUGGUAAACGUUUUGGGAUGGAUUUGGCGUGUUUACCCCUACACCAAAUUGAUGUUAUCCUAGGAAUGAGCUGGUGGGAAUUUAACUAUGUUCAUAUCACUUGUUAUACCAAAAUUGUGAUGUUUCCUAACUUUAGUGGUGACGGAGGGCCGAUGUUUUUGUCGGCUAAACAAGUGAGAGAGCUACUCGAGGAUGAAGCGGCGAUACUUGCUAUGUUUGCGUCACUACAAGUCGAUGGCGAAGCUACAAGUGUUGAUUUUCUUGUUGUUUAUGAAUUUCCAAAUGUGUUUCCUAGUGACAUCAGUGAUUUACAUCUGGAACGUGAGAUAGAUUUUACCAUUGAACUAGUUCUAGGUACGAGUCCGAUGCCGAUGGCUCCUUAUAGGAUGUCAGCUUCAGAAUUACGUGAAUUGAAGAAACAAUUGGAAUAG